AUGGAGAGUCCUCACGAACACCAACAGAAUCUGCUGCUUUCUCGCAUUAUUACCAAUGUGGAGAAACUCAACGAGGCGGUGAUGGUCAUGAAUAGAUCACUGCAGGAGAUCAACAUUGAGAACAUGAAUGUCGAGCUCGUCGCUCAGAUGUUCAAGAACUACCAGUCUAAUGUCUUGUUCCAUCUUGAGGCUACGGACAACCUGAAGCCGCCUGCAUGA